AUGAGUUGGGGAGAUACUUUUGGCUUGGGGCUUGGUGUCAAAUCCGAUAAACACUUGAUCAUUUGGACACCGAAAGAGACUUCAGAAGGCGACAUUCUACCCGGUUUUGACUCAGAGGAUGGCGAACUUACGCUGAAAAUGCGACCGCGUCCAGGGGCGUGGGUCUCUUGGAUUGACGAAGCGAAAGUCACUGCUGAGACACAAGACGACUAUGAUCGGGUCCACAGAAGUAUACAAGAAUUGGAACGGAAUGCACGUCAAAUCACAGAAUUCGCCGAUGGCGUUGUCUCGGAUAUAACCAUCCAAAAUUUGGGAAAAUCCCUAACGCUUUCUGAACUCACACAGGAUGUUUUGAAAGCACGUUUAGCAAUACCCAGCACUAUCAAAACUGGCGGGUAUGUACUCGCGCAAACUGAUGAUACGCAUGCCGAGGAUAUGCACUCGGCAACUGUUAUUAUUCCAGAGCAAACUCAUAUCCAUCGCAUCCAUCUCAAUGAGGAUGUCCUUUUUGAUCGAAUAUUCACAGAGGACUACGACGUACUCCUUGUAGUCCUUCGGACGCAUAUUAAACAGUACCCUGACCUCGCUGAUUUGGGGUACAGUCUAACACUUCGUACCCGAUUGUCUGAUAUUUCUGAUGAUGAAGAUGAGGAGAUGCCGGAUGCAGUUGAAAUGCUUGAUUCCAUUCAAGUGCUUGCUACAGCGGCGGUCUACGAUCCACUUGAACCGGAGACGCUCAAGUUAGUACCCGUCACAUUCAACGCACCUGACGAAGAUAUUGAGACCGCGAUUGCUGAGAGCUCAAAGAAAAUCGAAACGUAUACGGUGAAAGCCAACCAGCACGCCUAUCAACUUAUGGCACAAUUCCAGCAGGGAGUGGAGACCCGUUUGAGAGCCCUUGUGCUAGGACCUGGGCAACGCGUUCAUAAUAAGGUAUGGGACGAUCUCGUGAUUCGAGAAUUGCGGAGUACAAUACUCGCUUUCGUUGAUUUUUACGGGGAAUAUCUUACCGAAAAUUUUGAGGCGGCAGUCGCAGCGGCGAAAACGGAGGCACUCACCCAAAAUAUUGACCCUAUGAUAGAAUUUUGGCAGCUACAGGAUAAUCAACAGUUAACCCUGAAUCACCUCAUUCAAUCCUCUUACAAAUUGGCGAAUCAGGUACUGGAUAGGGCUGCCGGAUUGUUUCAUGAUUUAGUGUUUGAACAAGACUUCAUUGAGACAGGCCUUGUCAAACAGGUGUAUUUACCAACCAUAAAGCAGUGGUUAGCAAACCUUCCACCGAAAGCGGAUGCACAACAGCAUUACGCUACGCUGUGGACGUUAGUGCUUGAUGGUAAACUCCGCGAGCGCCUCCUUGCCGAGGUCCAACCCACGUGUGAUAUUAAUCUCAGUGUACCAGACCAGGCAAAAAGGCUAAUUAACCUCAUGUUGGGCAGUACACUGAUUAUUCAAGCCGAAAAGGACCGGAAAUUGAUAGAACGCAACCUGAAUCGGGCUGUUAUCUCAAAAACCGGGCACGAAUUGGCAAAUAUCACUACGGCGGCGAUGCUCGCUAUCCAUGGUGAUACCUUACUUGCGAUACUCCACGAAGAAUUGAUCGGUUAUCAUGACACUUUAGUGAAACGGGCAAACAGACUCACAAAUUCACCCCCAAAAGGGAAAAAGCGGAAGCGUGGAAACUCCCAAAAUGGCAGCGUAGUAAAUGUUGAGGCUGUUGAGGCAGAGCAGCAGAAAGUCGAAGAGCUUGUGACUUUCCUAAGACCUUACCGGCAGGAAGAAGUUAUCGCCACUUUAGCAACAGCCGGGCUUGAUCCGCGCGCUUCUAACCUUGAGGAGAUUCGGAAACAGCAGGUACUCAGUUUCGAUGUAAGCGAUUUACCUGCGAUAGGCGAAACAUGGCUUGGCGAUAGUAAGAGUGUUGAAGAUUAUCCGAAUCUGCGGAUGUUCCUCCUGCAAAAUCAGCUGCCGAUAUCGACGACCGGUAGGCUACUCAUGGAGUUGCGACAACAAUUUCCAGAUGAACUGUUCAACCAUGUUUUGGGACUCAUUCAGGAGGUGAAGGCACUUCAAAGCACCGACUAUAAAGGGGAUCUGCUUGAUCAGUUUGUCACCUAUAUAUCCGAAAAGGUGUGGCGAUGGGAAUUAACCCAGAUUACUGAGACGGAACUCCCGCUUUUGUUGAAGGAGAAAGUACUCGCCUCGGCAAUCUGUUAUGAAAAAGAGGUGGACACCUUGCUCGAAUACGUUGAACGUUACGAUGAAUUGGUAUCCACAAAACUGGCAUCAGAUUCCGAAAUGGACAACCACCGUCAAUAUCUUGAGGAGCAAUUUCAAGCAAUUGUUGAGACCCUUUUAGUGUAG